AAAUGUUUACAUUCAAACAUAUGAUUCAUUGAUUGGAGAGAUUGUCCUUCAAAUGCAAGAGAAAAAAGUUUACAAUCAUUUGUAAUAAACAAUUCAAACAACAGAUUAACUUCUAUGAUAUAAUACAAUCAAUUUAUCGGUCAUAAUAUGUAAACCAAGUAUUUAGUGGUCAAACGGACGGAAAAUUUUUUGUUUUCGGGUGAUAAUCAUGUCGUUGGACAGCGAUUUGGCCGAAGCACUCAAGACUAACGAUUUUGCCGAACGAAUCAAACAAUUGGAUCAAUUCUAUGGACAGGUGAAAAGACAGCUUCUGCGACACCAGAGUCCGACCAGUGGUUUGUUUCCUCGGGUCUCAUGCGAUACAACCGAAGCGCACAUUCGGGACUCGCUAUACAUAUGUUGCGCCGUUUGGUCCCUCUUUCAGGCCUAUAGUAAACGUAUAGACGAUGACAGAGGAAAGGGUCACGAGUUAGGCCAAAGUGCUGUCAAAUGUAUGCGAGGAAUACUAUUUGUUUGGAUGAGACAAUCUAAAGACAAAGUGGAACCGUUUAAGACCAAUCAAAGUCCCAAACAUGCGCUCCACUCGAAGGUCAAUCUCAACACCGGUCUAUCACUCAAUGACAAUACGUACGGACACUUACAGAUAGAUGUGGUUAGUCUUUAUCUACUGUUUUUGGUUCAAAUGAUUACUUCGGGUCUUCAAAUUAUUUAUACCAUGGAUGAGGUCCAGUUUGUCCAGAAUCUUGUCUAUUAUGUCGAGAGAGCUUAUCGGACACCAGAUUUCGGUAUGUGGGAGAGGGGCAACAAAUACAAUUCGGGAACACCUGAAAUAAAUGCCUCGUCUAUCGGUUUGGCCAAAUCUGCUCUCGAGGCCAUCAAUGGAUGCAAUCUCUUUGGCGAAAAAGGCGCCUCUUGGAGUGUCAUCUAUGUUGAUAUCGAUGCCCACAGUCGUAAUAGAAGUAUCUUUGAGACACUAUUACCACGAGAGUCGAGCUCUAAGAAUACCGAUGCAAGUUUAUUACCGACAAUUAGUUGGCCGGCGUUUGCAACUCACGAUACGCUUCUCUAUGCAAAUACUAAAGAAAAAAUUAUUAAACUACUGAAAACUCCCUACGGCUUCAAAAGAUUCAUUAGCGACGGUUACGGGACAGUCCUCGAGAAACGCGAGAAGUUGUAUCAAUCGGAUGAAACCAAACGAUUUGAAAAUAUUGAGUGCGAUUGGCCAUUGUUUUGCUGUUUUAUGGCCAUCGAUGGUAUCUUUAAGAACAACGAACAACAAACUAAAUACUAUAAAGAUCUACUAUUUAAUAAACUAUGUCGAAUCGAUAUGGCAACUGGCGAUUACUUAAUACCCAAAUAUUAUUAUGUUCCUCCAGAAUAUGUAGAUGCCGAAAAAGCUGAUCCCGGAUCAACACCCAGACUCGCCAGCCAAGAGGGAAGCGACAGUUCUUGUCUUUAUCUCAUGGGACAGGCUGUUCUCAUAAUAACACAACUGUUAUCGGAUGGCUUAUUACAACCGGUAGAAUUGGAUCCAAUUCGACGAUUUAUGCCGAGCUAUGAUCGCACCCAAAAAAUUGGCCGAUACUCUGUAUUUCAGGGCGCAAAAUACGGAACGGCAUCUGAUUUAGUGGUUCAGGUUGUAUUGAUUACUGAAUCGAUGCGUUUACAGGCAAUGAUGGCAACGUAUGGCAUACAAACUCAGACACCACUUGAGGUUGAACCCGUACAAAUAUGGCCACCCUCUCAAUUGGUUAAGAUUUAUGAACUUUUGGGCAUAAAUAAGAAAUUAGGUUUAAAGGGAAGACCAUCCCGACCUAUAGGCGCUUUAGGAACGAGCAAACUAUAUCGCAUAGCCGGUCAAACUGUACUCUGCUAUCCACUAACCUUUGAAUUGUCCGACUUUUAUCUGUCUCACGAUAUGGCACUACUUAUUGAUGACAUUAAAAAUGAAUUACAUUUUGUCGGUAAAUACUGGCGAAUGUCUGGUCGGCCGACAGUUUGUAUACUCAUUAGAGAAGAACACUUACGGGACAUACAUUUCAAAGAAAUGUUAGAUUUAUUAGUGGAGUUCAAAAAGGGUUAUUUACAGUCRGGUCUUAAGAUUAAGACGGGACGCCUACAGAAUCUGAUCAGUUCAUCCUGUUUUGAACACUUGGACUUUUUGCAUCUGUUUCCAUACGAAUCACUUCCCAAAUUGGAAAGCUUUCGCCAAUUGGAGCACACAAUGGGAAUUGGAUAUCAAUCGCUUACCGAUAUCCCUAAAGCACUAGUCUAUAGUGAAGUCAUGGAUGUAGAUGUUAAAGCACAGUACCAGCACAGACCUACCUGGCCUGACAUUAUGGACGCACUCAAGUGUUGUGACACUCUGUACGCUCAGAGCCAACUGUUGGGAAUUCUUGCUCACAGAGAGGGACUUCAGUUUAAUCUGCCCGAAGGCUCAUCAGUCAGAGACCGUUUGGAACGACUGUUAAGACAGGCCGGAGCUCUGAGACAUUGGUCUGUUGUUCGCUACUGUAGUUCACUAUUACAAAAGUUGGUCGACUCUAUAUCGCCAUAUAUAACAUCAAUUCUGGUGAGCGGUCGACAAAUAACUGUAGGCACUUAUGGUCAUCCAGAAGUGGCCAUUGAUCAUCCGCGCACUCCUAGAGAAAUACGGGAACUCUUAUAUUCGGUUAUUGCCGAACAUUACGAUGUUGUUCUUCAACAAGAAAUCAUAGUAUAUGUGGGACGACUGAUAUCAACGACUCCUCAUUUGUUUGAUGGUAUCAUUAAAGUAAGGGUUGGCUCAUUUGUUGAGGCAAUGAAACACUAUCUGAGUUUCAAACACGAAGAGACACGACUGGAAGCACUGUCGCCGAGUCAGUUGAGACGAGUUCUCUAUAAAGUGUUAACUGAUAAUGACCUCAAACCUAAAGAGAGACGACUAAUUGAAGGAUCAUUAGGUCGGGUGCCAAAGCAUUUCUAUGAUAAAGUUUGGGAUGUUUUGGGACGAACAGCUCAGGGAUUGCGAGUUGGCAGUCAGCACAUGGAGUCCAAAACGAUUAUUAAAAUGAUGUCUCAAAAUGAACUCAAUUUCAUAACUAAAGUCGAAAACUUUUUGUGCCACAUAUCUGCUUCUGAAUACAGACAACUUAUUGUUGAGCUUUUAAUAAUAAUUCACGUAAUCCUCGAACGAAAUCCAGAACUCGAGUUCAAAGACGCGUCGCCCGUAGACUUAGAUAUGUUAAUUAAAGGUGGAGUCGAUAGAUAUAAUGUAGAUCUCGAGGAAAUGGUUGGAAUCGAAGAAUUUUAUUGCGAGGACAAGAGUCUGACGUCGGCAUACAUGGCCCGAGCAAUACUCGAUAAUUUACUCCAUACCUCAGCUCCUGAAUGCAAAAUUAGUUAAUAAAUUUGUUGCCAUAAGUUAAUAUAACUUAUUAUAAAGUU